AUGGCUAAGAUCUAUAGCAAUGGAACGACUGUCAUCUUUAGCUUCUACUACGUCGAAGUUUCCUGUGAAAUUGAGAUCAGCAAAUUCCCUUUCGACAAACAACAAUGCCAAAUCCCAAUCAUGUCUCUGACUUUGACUGAUCUUGCUCAAUUGACGGCAAAAAUCGAGAAUUACGAUGAUCCAAUGGUGAUUUCGGGAAAUGGUGAAUGGGUGGUGACAAAUCUUUCUUAUGGAGAAAUGAUGUAUGGCGAGAUGCAAGUGCUUGAUGAGUAUGCGUGGAUAGCUUUAAGAGAGAUUGAAGCUUGGAAUGGAGCUGUUGACCUGAGAACACUGCAUUCACAAUUAUCCAAUGCUAUCAAGGUCCGACUUGACGCAACGACAUCACUUGAUCCAAAACUUGGUACACAAGUGAUUAUGUAUCCACCGAGUGGUCUUUAUGAGUGGCAAGGAAUGCAUAUUCGCUUCUCUACCGUGUACUCUUAUAAUCUACAUUUUUGUAGUAAAUUUGAAGCACCUCCAAAGAAACUUGUUUUGAUCAACGGAUUGGUGAUGCGAUAUCAAAAAGAUGGGGCUUCUGAAAAAAUUGUUCGUGCAAAGGAACUCAUUCAACAAUGGACACCAAACAUUGAACGUAUCAUUGAUGAAACAGCUGAUUCAAACAAUGAAGUGAACGAAAUCACUGCGAAACUGCGUGAAGCUGGGUACUUCCCAAAUGGAGACAAAGACUACUUCUUUUCCCAUGCAGUCAUUGUUCAAACAUAUUAUCCGAAUUGGAAUUGUGAACAUUAUGGUGAUGUGUCUUGGGGAAGAGUGGAUGGAGAAGACGCGGGAUUUGUCAUUCAAAAACAAGUGAACGACUUGUGCUUCCGUCUUUUCUAUUUCAUU